CGCCGGGGGCGCGGCUGAAGGCCGUUCUGCCCGGGGACGAACCGGCCCUGAGUGCCCACGGCUGCUCCGGACUCUGCCCGAGGGCUCGGUGUGCCCAGGACGCGCUGCUGGUAGCUCCGAUGGAGCCCGGGAGCUGGGGAGGCGUCGCCGGGACCGGACUGAAACACCGAGGGCGGCAAGAGGAGGCGAACAAAUAGUCCCCAGCGCCUCCUCCGGCUGCAGUCGGGCGCGUGCUCCCAGCGGCCGCCCGGCUGGCCGAGCUUGGCUGGGCCAAGUCCGGCGCCAGGACCGGACCCGCGGGCUCUAAUUGCUGCGCUUCUGUUGAUGAUGAUUUUUUUUUAAUCACAGCAGCCCCCAGUUUAGCGGACUGAUUUACUCCCGGUAUUGGUAAAUAUGAUCACGUGGGCCGCGCGACCAAUGGUGGAGGCUGCAGCCUGCGAACUAGUCGGCGGCUAGGGCGCCGGCGGGGAGCGGCGCGGCGGCGGGCAGUGUAACCUUGGGUGGGAGCGCGCGGCGCCGCAAAAUGUCCUCCAGUGGCACCCUCAGCAACUACUACGUGGACUCGCUCAUAGGCCAUGAAGGCGACGAGGUGUUCGCCGCGCGCUUCGGGCCGCCGGGGCCCGGCGCUCAGGGCAGGCCCGCAGGUGUGGCCGACAGCCCGGCCGCCGCUGCCGCCGAGUUUGCCUCGUGUAGUUUUGCCCCCAAAUCGGCCGUGUUCUCCGCCUCGUGGUCCGCGGUGCCUGCCCAGCCCCCGGCAGCGGCGGCUACGAUGAGCGGCCUCUACCACCCGUACGUGCCCCCGCCAACCCUGGCCGCCGCCGCCUCCGAGCCCGGACGCUACGUGCGCUCCUGGAUGGAACCGCUGCCCGGCUUCCCGGGUGGCGCGGGCGGCGGCGGCGGCGGCGGCGGUGGCCCCGGCCCCGGUCCCAGCCCCGGCCCCAGCGGCCCACCCAACAGGCGCCACUACGGGAUUAAGCCUGAAACCGGAGCGGCCCCGACCCCUGCCGCCGCCGCCACCUCCUCCUCCACUUCUUCGUCUUCCACCUCCAAACAGACUGAGUGCUCUUCGGCCCGGGAGUCCCAGGGGAGCGGCGACCCCGAGUUCUCGUGCAACUCGUUCCUACAGGACAAGGCGGCGGCGGCAGCAGCUGGGGGAACCCGGCCCGGGGCAGGGAUUGGGGCCGGGGCAGGCGGUUCUUCGGAGCCCUCGGUUUGCAGCGACCACCCGAGCCCGGGCUGCCCGCUAAAGGAGGAGGAGAAGCAGCAUCCACAGCCGCCGCAACAGCAACUUGACCCAAACAACCCCGCUGCAAACUGGAUCCACGCUCGCUCUACCCGGAAAAAGCGCUGUCCCUACACCAAAUACCAGACUCUGGAGCUGGAGAAAGAAUUCCUCUUCAACAUGUACCUCACCCGCGACCGGCGCUACGAGGUGGCAAGGAUUCUAAACCUCACAGAGAGACAAGUCAAAAUCUGGUUUCAGAAUCGUAGGAUGAAAAUGAAAAAGAUGAGCAAAGAGAAAUGCCCCAAAGGAGACUGACCCGUCACAGCACCAGUGGGGCCGCUCUGCUUUGCAAAGGCAGUGGGGGGUUUUUCUUUGUGGGUGCUUGAUUUCCAGAAACUCUCCAGCGAUUCAGACAUUCACCCCCUUUUUAGGUAGAAGUGACUUUGUGGUUGGUCUCUGUGAGGUAUUUGGGGUACUCUGUAUUUGCUCAUUAUGUGUUGGAGAAACCAAGUGGCUUUGGGGUUUUGCCCUGCCCUGCACCCUCCCUUUCCUGCCCGGUUGGUUCCUUAGGAAAUGCUGUAUUUUGUGAGUGCACGCUGGCUUGAGCAGCCUCCUCCUUUGUAAAUGUCCUCCACGUUUCUGAAAAGUGCUGUAGUUUAGCCCCUAGCGCUGCUCAAGCAGGGGCCACACGAGCCCCACUUCUGAGAAUAAAGGCAGAGCGACAACAGUGUGGAGGCAAGAAGAAGCCCGGCCGGGUGGCCCAACAGUUAUGAAAGUUCCCUUUCCUCAGGGAGCCUUGAGGCCCUCGACUGAGACCUGGAAGGAAGCUGAAAGAGGAGCCCAGGUCCUCUAGUGGGGUGCGGCGGUGGCGGGGUGGUGGUGGUGGUAUUCUCAGUGCUCUGGAGGAACCACUGCCUCUGGGAGGGCUCUGCUCUCUUAGGCAGCCGCAGGCGUAGGCGCUCCUGGUUCCUGCCUGAGGACCAGUUGUAAAUGUUACCGCUUCCUACCAAUAAAUGCUGACCUGAUCAAAUGGAGCCCAGACACUGGCCCUGAACGCUGUGUCUUGCUUUCUCUGUCUCUGCAAAAUACCACCCUCACAGGAUGUCUCUCCUGUCCCUAGGAGGGAGACACUGCUAAAAAUCGGGUCCUUGCACCUGAGAAGUCACUCUGAUGUGACUCGGAGUCUCCCUUUGUGUAGGCAGACCCAGCUUAGAGCACAGAACUUGGGUGGCCCUUGGUGGCUCAUCUCUUCCUCAGUUUGCUUCCAGCACCUGGGCGAACUCUGUGCCCAGGACUCAGUGUCAGCCUCCAAUCAGUGCCCAAAGGAGUUGAAGGGCCCCAGAAGCCUCGCAACCCUCUUGCUGGGGCUUUGGCACACGGUACCCCACCUCUCCCUUUGUUCUUGGAGUCCCAGCCAUUGACACCCCCUGUACCCCCAAACAAGAGAAAGGCCACCUCUGCACUCUGCAGCACCUACUCCAGCUCGGCAGGGCUGGCUGGCUCUGGGAGGGCUGAGCGGGUCAGGCUGUGAGCCUCUGCUCCUCCCCACUGGAGCCCCAGAGUGACCUUAGCGGAUCAAAAUGGUCAAGGCUCUCUUCGGCAGCUACCUCUACCCCAUCGCCCCCUCCCCCAACCCAGUUUCUGUGUGCAUGUAGCUCCCAGCUUGGCCCUCUCAGGGGCUCAUUCAGAGGCUAAAAUGAAGGUCAUUGUAAGUGAGGGUUCGGGCCCAGCACAGCUUUUGCAGGCCCGAGAGGCUUCGGCGCCGGGCGGCCUGGGGUGGGCGGAAGGUGGGGGCAUGUCAGAGUUUGGGGGGUUCCUGAUGAAAGAAGGGACUUGAAGGAAAAGGAGAGGGGGGGGGGGCUGGGAGGGAAAGCCAAGGCCCAGAUCCGGCAGAAGGUGCUGCAUACCCCCGCCCCUACGGCCAACUCGAUACCUAGGGCUCUUUGAAAACAGGAAGAGCCAAGGUGUCAUAAAGUCAUCCAGCCGGCGAGACGUCUGGAGGUAAUGAGUUUACGACAAGCCCGGCGCUUCGCUUUGAAACCGUCUCAUUUUGAUGUUUGUGUUUGUAGGAGGAAAGGAAAAAUGCAGACAAAAACUGGGUCUUAAAAUCUGGACAAUAAAAUAUAAACAAGACUCCACUGGACGAAGAAAGCAGGGACUGGGAAGCCCCCAGUGAGGUGUGAGCACCUAGGAAAUAAAAAUGGGUGUGUGGGGGUAGGAAGGAGAAGAUGGUGUAUUUCUGAUUUUUAAAAUGGUCUGUGUAUUAGAAUUAGACUACAGUGGGUGGCUCUUUAUAAUAUUUGACUAUGGCCGCGGUCUACCUUGUUCUUUUUUGUUUGUUUUUAAAGCGAUCUUUUUUUCAAGGGUGGGAGAGUUAGUGAUCUUGGGUCAUUCAUUUACUCAGGCCCAGGGUUUCACAGCCCUAUGGUCGUUGGGGAAAUAAAAUGAAGUUGCUUGUUUGCCAUUUUACAGAAAUAUCUGGCCCUCCACUCUAAACUUCGCAGCAAAAAUAUUGUUGGAAAUCAUCUCUAUUUGCUCAUAGAAAAUAUAGCAGUUAUUGCUGAGUUGGAGGAAAGUGUUUUUGGAAAAUGAGAAAAAAAAGAUUAACCUCGCAGGAAACACCUAAACUGAAUAAAGUCUUUCCUUAAAAAAAAA